UUGGUGUCGUUGCCUGGAAACCACCUGAGCUGCGACAGGAAACUGAACCGUUCUUCGAUGACUUAGUAAACUUUUUUUUUAUCACCAACCGAAUGAAUUAUUCGUGAAAGUAAGUCUGCCAGGGAGUAAGUUUCAGAAAAGCCGUGAUCCACGUAAGAGGCAUCUAAACAUUUCUUGGUGAUUAAUGGAUUCGGAGUUGGACUUUGGCUGUUUCACCGUCGGCACUCAGGUGGUCACCAAACACCUUCCCGUGACCAAUCAUGGCUCAGCACCAGUCACUUUCCAGGUUGAAUACAGUGGAGACCCGUCAGUGAAGCUCUCGCCCGGCAGUGGAGUCAUUGCAGCAAGAUCCACUAGGUGGCUCAAAGUGGAGCUGCAGACAGAUAAACCCAGGCAGAUCAACGAAGAGGCUGUAGUGAAACUCCAGAACCACUCAGACUUCAUUCUCAGUAUAAAGGCACAAGUGGUGGAGCAGAAUCUUGAGCUGUCUGAUCUAAAGGGAAAUAAAAUAUCCUGUCUGUGGUUUGGACCUUUGUAUUUUGGCACUUCCUGUGUGGAAAAUGUUGUGCUAAGAAACAACUCACCAAAUGUGAGUGAGUGGUUCUGCCGCCUUGAAGUCACUACUCCUGGGACCGAGAUGGGGGCAGACAUGCAGAAGAGUGCAAGUGCCUCCUUGUUGGAGAGGAUGCAGCGUUCCGGUCAGCCAGACAAAGAUAUAUUUGAUGAGUUUCUUGUCGUCCCUAUGCAAGGAAGACUGGCGCCCUUUGAGAAAACCACCGUCACACUCUGCUUCAGCCCUGUGUUUGUUGCUCCGUAUCGAUAUAAGAAGCACCGCUAUUCUUCAGGCCAGCGAGACUACUGCCUUUUCCUGUGUUUUGAGUCUGUUAUCACCAAGGAUGGUUGCACCUACUUCAAUGGUCACGGCGGUGUGGAGCUUCCCGUGACAGGCUCAGGUCUACCGGUUUCUCUGGUGCCCAGUCCCUCCGCCAGAUUUGACUUCGACUGCUCGCUGGGCCGCAGCAAAUCUGUUUUAUGCAAACUGCAGAACCUUUGCUCCCAGCUUCCAGUCAAGUUCCGCUUCCACAAGUUAGCGCAUUUCAUCAUCGAUCCUGUUGCAGGCACCAUUCCCGCCGGACACAGCCAGGAUAUUGUUGUGACUUUCACCGCACGUCAGCAAGGGAGUUUCCAGGUGUGUCAGAUGAUUGAUGUUCUCGGUUAUGUGAUGACCCAUAAGACCAGCAACAUCAUCAGUGGUGCCCCAGAACUGGAGCUCCGCAGCUUCCACAAGAUUUCUCUCCAACUCUCUGCUUUUUGUAACAGUGAAGUGACCCUGCCAGUUAUCAGUCGGUCAGUCAACUAUCCGACAGGACUGCGGCCUCACGUGCGCCCCAGAGACAUGUCCGCCUGCCGUGACAUCGUCUACACCACAGUCCUCAAUGCGGACAGGACACAACUCCACAUGCACCACAGGGACAAGAACACAGAGGAAGAUGAGUUCCUGGCCUUCCCUGAUGACCGCGCGACGAGUAUUAGGCCAGGCUCUCCGAACAGACAGUUCAGGACCAUCUUCACCGGCAUCCGUCGCUACAAUUAUUUAGACACCGACUACGCAUUAACCAAAGAGGAGGUGGAGCAAAGACAGAGGAACCGGAAAAUGUACAGCGACUUCAUAAGUCAACUCAGAAUAUCGCGGCUGCAGAGAAGCAAACAGAGACGAUUUGACGGGUCGGAGGUCGAUGUAGAUAUUGGGAUUGCCUCAUCCAAUGGCCUUGUCCCGCCAAAGCUUGGCAUCAAAGACAUGCAGCCCAAUGACGAAUCACUGUAUCAGCUACUGUCCAGAAAGACUUUUCAGCCGACCCAAAGUACUGGCUACGAACAGAUGACCUUUGGAGGAAGCCAGCUGACGAUGGAAGACUUUGACAAGAGUGCUGCAUUGCACUCGACUUGUAUCGUCAACAAGCAUCGACCGUUCCCGAUCAUGGUUCAGGCUAACGUCGUCCAUGUUAGUCUGGAGCUGUCCACCACUCUCCUCCGACUAUGUCCCACCCCCUAUUUACUGGCUGCCUCUGGAUAUCAUGGCUCAGUUACACUUCGGAAUCACCACCGCCGCCCGGCAGAGUUCACAUGGCAGCCAGUCGUCACCGAGAGCGGCCUGCUUUUCUCCAUCAGACCAGCGAAAGGAAUUGUCCAGCCUCUUCGGGAAUUGGUCUGUGAGGUGGUGUGGCAUCCCUUUUAUUCUUCACCAUCAGAUGGAGACUUUGACCUUUGUGUUGUCAAUGGCAAGACACAACGCCUUCACUGCACUGCCAAGGUUGGAUCCACCAGUGUGCAGCUGGCAGAGUAUCGAUUGAUAUUUGGAUCGGUGCCACUCAACAUGCCAUCCAGCAGAACGGCGGUCAUAUACAACAAUGGGCAGAACCACGCCUACUUUAAGGUGCUGGAUGUCUUUCCUCUGCCGGGGAUGGUUGUGAGUCCCUCAGAAGGCGUGGUACCCAGUGCAGGUCAGACACAGCUGGAAAUCCAAUUCCACCCUGAUUCGGUCGUCAAGUUUGACACCAUUAUCGAGAUUGCCGUGAGAAGCAUGAAGUCUCUUCAGCUUAGAAUUGGAGGAUCAGUGGAGCCUCCUGAUGUUGACAUCAACGUGUUGCAUUUCCACUUUGACGCCCACGUUGGUUCGUGUAGAAGGCUGCCCUUCUGUCUGACCAACAACUCAUCCGCUUCUGCAAGUGUCACCUGUGAUUUGUCUGAACACCCAGACUUCUCCUUGCAGUUUCCCUCAGCAAUGGACAAAGCGGCAAGUGUAACCAAAGUGGUGCUUAAUGGGUCCCAGACGAUACAUGGUCUGCUUGUCUUUACCCCCUCUCAGCCAGCCACCUACGAAUUUGACCUUCCAUUGAUGAUCAACGGAGUCAGAUGUCCCAUUGUUCCUCCACUGCCCAGUUCGUCACACAAUGUUGGAAGCAGUAAGAAAAAUGCCAAACAACUGGAUGAACCCCCAACCAUACAAGUGACAGCAAUAGUGUUGUGUCCUCCUUUGGAGAUGUUCCCAUCCAACCUACAUUUCCACGUGGUGUCAGACAUGCCCCAAGACUCCGGCCUGUGUAGUCAGACCGUGGAGCUGAGAGCGUGGUACGACGAGAGUGUGUGUGGGUACAUUGUUGGUGAGAACAUGAAGUGGUGGAUCGGUGGCAGAAUCGCAACAGAACCAGAUAUUGGUGAAGAGUCGGAGGCGCCCUGUGUCAUAUCACCAUCAUGUGGCGUGCUAAGCCCUGGUCAGUCCACUACCCUGGUGGUUAGGAUCAGGCCUGAGGUGAUCACAGCAAGCAGGGUGACGCGACUUUGUCUGUCUCUGUACCUGGGAGAAGAGGAGACAGCCAGAGAGCAAGAACAGCCGUAUCGUGAGCUGUCCAUCACAAUCUCUCUCCAGCUGCCCAGUAUCUCCAUCCAUCCUCCCCAGCUUCUGCUCAAUCCAGUCCCACCAAAAACCUCAGCAACCAGAGAGCUGACCCUUCUGGCUUCUGGAUACAAAGAUGCAACUUCUAUAUCAGCAGAGGUUGAAGACCUGAUUUUAGAAAAUGGAACAAGUAUACAGCCGGUGUCAGUCUCUUUUUUAAAGGGGAAUGCUUUUCUUCCGAAUGAGCAGCGACGCUCCUCUUUGAAAUGUCUAGUUACGUUCUACUCUGCAGCGCCUCUGUCAGUGUGCUGCACCAUCACUUUCACUGACCAGUUCAAUAACAGGUUCAAGGUCAAAGUGUGUGCUACGAGUGACAAUUGUUUGUUAACACUCUGGCCUUAUUUGGCUGAGCAUAACUCCAAGCUGCUGAUCGCUUUCAAAGACGCACCUGAGAAUGUCGAGGCCAACCUUCAGCUUGGCCACUCAAACAUCCCAGCUUCCAGUCGCUCCUCAUCCUCCUCGUCCUUCUUCGAUCAGAUCUCAACCAACAAAGACACCAUUUCAGAGUCCUCCCGAGGCCAGGGCAGUAGAGAUGAGGAUGACGCUCUGACUGGAAGAAAAUCAGCUCAUCUUUCCAUCCCACAAUUCCCUGCUGCUGAUACAGAAGAGGGGGUCUUUUGCCACAAAGUCUUACUGGCUGUGGAGCGAUGGUUUGGCCUCUUCGGCUAUCCCGGUGGGUCACGACCGGUCUCUAUACCCACCACACUGAGGAGAGUUGUGCCUAAGGCUCAAAUAAGGGAUUUUGGUGGUCGCAACUACCCCGUCAGACAAAAUAAAGACACCAGGUCUGUUGUGGACAUAGUUAACUACCUGGUGGGACAACUGAUUCCUGGGGUUCCCCACUGGCCAACUUUCUCCAAGGAUACCAAGGAACUCACCAGCCAGCUGCUCAAGCACCAUGAAACGAUGAUCGAGUUCCUUAGGAUUCAAGGUGCCUCUUUGUCCCACAUCCGUCCGGAGUACUUACUAGAUAAAGAUGAGUUCCAGCAUUGGUGUUCUCUCCAGUCCAAGACAGAAGAAGGUGGGCUGGACUACAGCAAAAUUGACUACGAGUCUCUGAGCAAGAGAUCAUGGACUGAUUUGAUGCUCCAGAUAUUUAAGGUUCUGGUGCUUCAUCGUGUGUUAAAGGGAGGUGAGACGACCGUUGUGCAACAUGGUGAAGACGGCUUCAGGUCGAAGCCGCUGGUCAGCAACGUCUACUCUUCCCACGAGCUCAAGCUGCUGUCUUGGCUCAACGUGACCUACGAGGGCGUGAGGGAGCUGGUGUGGCCUGCUGGAAGUGCUCCAUCGGCCCGCUGCAUCAUGAAUUUUGACUUGGACUUGACAGAUGGGCUGGUGAUAGGAUCUCUUCUGGCUGCAUACUGUCCAUAUAUGAUACGAAGCCAUGUCCAGAGGAUGUACACCACACCUCGUAGUGUGGAGCAGAUCCUGCACAAUAACAUCAUUGUGACCCGGGCACUCAAUAAACUCUCCCUCAACAUGGACGUACAAGCCACGGAGUUGUCGGAUCCAAACCCAAUCCAAAUGUUGAUGCUGUGUGUCCACCUGUAUGAGAGGCUGCCUCAGUACCUGCCGCAGAAAACCAUCACACUAUCAGGCGCCCUGCAUGACUCCUUCACAAAGCAGGUGAAUUUAACAAACCCGUCCUCUAAAGCUCUCAAAUACAGAGCUGUGCUGCUGGGGGAGGAUGCCAAACUUUUCUCCCUUCCUGAAGGCUCAAACAUCUCCGUUCCUCCCAAAGGGAGCGCGCAUCUGACCGUCCAGUUCGCCUUCUCCUACCUGCAGCCAAAAGAGGCCGUUCUCCUGCUGGUUUCCACCUCUACAACUGGUGCCAGUGCCGCGACUUUAUCCUUCAAUCUCGUCACCUGCGUCACUCAGAUCACACCCACAAACAUUCUCAAGUAUGUCUCCUCUUGUUACACACUCAGCGUGGUCCAUGUACCGAUUGCCAACCACCUGAAGAGAGAAGCCAUGUUUAAGAUCAUACUGGUGGAGUCCAGUUUUAACCCUCUGGAGCCUGAUAAGCUGAAACACAACCUUAAGAGCUCUUCCAAUGCCGAUGGGACGUCAGAAGAGAACCAGAAGGAUGAGACGGAGGACGAGAACCUGGAUCCUGACCAUUAUGACAGCGAGUUCAUCAGUGCAGUCAAGUGUAUUUAUCUGAAGUCAGGACAAGAGGACACACUCACCAUUUACUUUCUUCCCUUCUCGCCUGGGAAAAAGUACUGCUCUGUGCUGCUGGUGUGCCCACAGGUUGGUGAUAUGGUCUACUUGAUAAAGGCAACGGCCCAUUUGCCCACUCCUUCUCUUUUCACCUUGAAACCGAGUUCAAGCUCAGUUGCUGUCCAGGACAACGCUGUGCUGCAUCUCUGCUGCACUGUGGGUCAGGUCUGUGAGGAGAUGAUGAGCGUGCCGCUGGUCAACAUGGCGUGGGAGCAGGCUCUGUCCAUGUGGGGCCAGCUCUGCAUGAGCGCGGACGAAUACAGACGCCGGAUGCUGACACACACUUUACACAGCAGCACUUUGAGGGCAACCACAGCGGCACGCAAGUUCCACAAGCAGUUCCAGAAGAUGAAGUACUUCUGCAUCAGUAAGGAGAGAGUGUACAACGUGGAGGUUUCUUCACCAAAGUACUUCACUUUGCCCAAAACUGUCACAAUACCGGUAAAAGAUGACAGCAAGAUUUCAUGGGACAAAUCCACCGCUGGCUGCUUGAAAGUACCUGUACGAUUCCAGGCCGACUCCGUUGGACACUACCCUUGCCAAGUGGUCUUAAGGUCCUGGUCCGACACGAGAGUGUAUGCUAUAAAGGCUUUAGUUGCUGUACAGACGAUCUGAGAACAGUGGG